AUGUAUGCAGUUCUGCUAUUCGCCGCUGCGGCGCUACUGAGCAAUUCCCGCGCAGCUAUCGUCAACAGACACAUGAAGUUACUCGACAUUAAUAACAGUAUUGAGACUAAUACAAAGCCAUCAGCUCAUCAGACCAAACGUUUCAUUACGAUUACUAAGCGGCCGGCGUCUCGCAGCGCGCACGUAGCGGGCGCAACUCUGGAGCUGACUUGCGAAGCGAUCGCUGCACCAGCGCCAUCUGUACAUUGGUUUAAGAACGAUGCUCCCGUGUAUGAGUACGACAAAGAAUCAAAUGAGGUGAUAGACACCAAUCCGUCAUCCCUUGGUCGUGUGAGGUCAACUCUACUUGUCACUCGCAACGACGCACCGUCAGAGUAUACUUGUCUUAUACUCUCUGGAUCCAAGACUGCUAGGGCCUCUACAGUUGUCUACAGUUCUGAAAUCAAUACUGAUCUUACGGAACGAUCCAAGCUGGUACCACUCUCGCCAAAAAUUCUCGUCUCAUACAAAGUGUUCGUUGACAUCAUCGGCAGUAACAUCGUGUUGCCAUGUCGCGUGAAAGGACAUCCCCGACCAAUAGUUACGUGGACUGAUAAUAAUGGGGAAUCUGUGAAAAAGAAUCCAGGCAUGAAAGUCCUUCGAUCCGGAGAGCUAGUAAUAUCUCAGCUGCGCUGGAGUGACAUGGGUGAGUUCACGUGCCGCGCAAAAAAUCUCUUUGGAUCAGCUGAAGCCAAAACUUUUGUCUAUCCGGCUCGGCCGAACGACACAGACGGCUAG